AUGCCUAUCGCCAUUCCCAAGACGCCAAAAAAUGGCAUCACAAAAUUCACAAACUGUCGCCUUGUGAAGGGCGAUGCCUUGGUGCAGGAAGACAUCUGGGUCAGCUCCGCCACAGGCAAGAUCAUUCACAGCCAGGCAGCGUUUUUCGACGACCUGUGUCUUCCGGAUGAAACCAUCAACCUGGGCGGCCGCAUCGUGUCCCCUGGCUUGAUCGACUGCCAACUCAAUGGUGCUUUUGGCUUCAACUUUUCCACGCUGCUGGAGGAUAUGUCGCAAUACGGCAAGAAGGUCCGGGAGCUCAACAAAAAACUCGUGGCCACGGGCGUCACAUCCUACGUCCCAACUCUCACCAGCCAAAGACCAGAACUUUACCAGAAAGCACUUCCGUAUCUUGGGGCGUCAGGAGGCUCACAAGCCGCCCACGACGGUGCCGAAUCUCUAGGAGCCCACGUUGAAGGACCGUUCCUCAACCCCACCAAGAACGGCGUCCACAGCGUCGAUGUCCUGCAACAAGCGGAAACAUUUGAUGACCUAAAAGAGUGCUAUGGCGCUGAGAAUAUCGAGCCAACCGCCAACGGAGGCACGAUUCCAAUCAAGAUGAUUACGGCGGCGCCAGAAAGGGGCAACAUGACCAAGAUCAUUCCCGAGCUGCGGGAAAGGGGAUCAUUUACUCCAUCGGUCACUCGGAAGCAACAUAUGAAGAAGCAUCAGCCGCCGUGGCAGCGGGAGCCACGAUGA